AUGUCAAACCAAAGGCAGGCUUCAUCAGCCUCCCAAACACCUCACCUUUCUCCCGCCGAGCUCUCCUACCUCUACACCUCCCUCUCUCUCCCAGGAAGCCCCAUCCGCCCCGAUGGCCGCUCACCCACGCAAUUUCGGCCCUUAACCGCCGAGACCAACAUCCUACCCGGUACAAACGGUAGUGCGCGCAUCGGGUUUGCGGACGGCACGCAGGCUAUCGUUGGCGUUAAGGCGGAGGUCGAGAGAACGACGCUAUCGGCGGAUACUCUCGAUGCGCGGGAAUUCGAUCCCAACGAUGAUCGCGAGAGCCAGGAGGGGUCGGCUGCUGUUUCGGGACAUGGAUCGUGGGUUCAGAUGUCGAUUGAGAUUCCUGGGUUCCGGGAUGACGAUGCUUUGCCUGUUUUCUUGUCCGAGAUGAUGCGCGAGUCGCUGGUUGGUUCAGUUGGCGCCGAUGAGAGUGGUAUGGCUGGUGGGCUCAAGGGCAGACUGGUCAUUAACAAACGGUGGCAUUGGCGGUUGUACAUUGAUGUCCUGCUUCUUUCUCAACCUCUUUCAUAUCCUCUCCCGCUUCUUUCUCUAACAACCCAUCUCGCUCUUUUGUCCACCAAGCUUCCUAAGCUCAAGUCACAGGGCGAGGAGGAUCCUUUCUUCGACGAUGACUGGGCUGUUGCGGAGUAUCUCUACCCGCGCUCUUCUAGCGCGUUGAAAAAGUCCCCUUCACAACAUGUCCGCCCGCCGGUGACACUGCUUGUCAUCUCAGUAGGUGACAAUGUCAUCUUCGACCCCAAUCGCGAGGAAAUUGCUGUUGCGGACGCCGUGCUUGCUAUCUCUGUGACCCGCGGCGAGGGCGAGGGCUUGAAGCUGCUUUCGAUCCGUACCAUCGACCCUCCAUCUCGUCUGACGCAACCUGGUAUUCCUAACUCGGAGAACGUGAACAUGCUUGGUGCUACGCCUGCCGAGGAGAUUGUGCUCACCCAGGCUACCGGCGAAGAAGAGGUAUCGGGCGUAUGGCGCCCCCGCCGUGGCGGCGUCAAGCGCAGCGUCGUUGCGAACAUGGUCCAAACAGUGUUGAAAAAGGGCGGUGUUGGCGAGGAAGUGCUUGAGGGAUUAGAGGGCGUUGAAGUGGUAUAA